AUGGUGAGUGAUAGUAGGCUGAGCGAACUCUGCACUUGCGCCCGCUCGCCCAUGAAGGGCCGUCGCUCACCCAGUAUUUGCGAUUUUGCUUACCGUUCCAGGCCCGUCGUAUCGAGGCCCAAGGCGAAGCAGGGCAGGCGCCUCCCGCGCCAGUACCACGUCUUGAGCGAUGAGGAGGCCGAGGACGCCGAGGACGCCGAUGAGGAGGUCGAUGAGGACGCUCACUCCGUCAUCACGAUCUCCUCGGACUCGGACGAACAACCGGCAGAGCCAGAAAUCCCCGCCAACGCCGUCGAGGCUACGCUGCCCAUCGAGCAGCGCCUGCGCUGGCUUGCCAACGGCACCCUCGCCUCCCUCAGCAACCAGCCGGAGACGGCGCAGAAGGUGUUCAAGGCCGCCAUCAACAAAGCGCUGCCUCAGCAGCUCAUGAUGGUAGAGACUAACGGGGCGUUUCCUGAGGCCAACGAGGACGAGGACUUCGACGACAGCGACGUCGCCCGGGCGAUUGGCACUGAGUGCAUACUCCAGGUCAUCGCGCCGCCAGCGCCCGGGAGGCGAGACACUUUCCAGCUGUUCAGGCAGCGCGUGAUGCAUGAGGACAACGCUGGCAUCCUCGAAGCCUGCGCGAUGCUGAUCUACCCCCGGCGCUCGCAGUUCUGGAACAAGAUCGCCACGCUCGUGCCGCCGCUGAUCGAAGACGCCUACCUCAAGGAGUACACCCAGCCGGGCAGGGACCAGGCCGGAAACGCCAUCCCGCGCGACCCGGCGCGCAUCGCCGAGGCCGUCCGCGCCUGCCUGCUCCACGACCGCUUCCUCCAGGCUGGCAGGCUUCAGCCCGGCGUGGGCCAUCGCUUAACGUUUAAGGUCGAUGAGGACGCCGAGGGCCUCAUGCACACGAACCCCAUCAUCGCCGAGUACAUCGCCCGCUCGUACUUUGGAAAGGUUCCGGGCGGCCACACCUUCAAGCUCAGCGAUUGGCCGGACGCUUCUUGGGAGGACGCCAAGGUCGGCGACAAAGAGGUCCCGACCGUUAUGCUGGCAUUCGCGGCGGCGAUGCUCGAGUUUGGUCUCCGGAGCUGGGCAACCGGGGAGUACAACCGCAUCGACCUGAGGAACCCGAACGUCGUCGUCGCCUACCGGCGCCAUUUGGCCGGCCUGGCUGCCACUAAGGCUCAGGCCCCGGAGAUGCUGGCCGCGCUCCAGGCCUGGACGUACAAGAAGGCCAAGAGCUGGUCCCCGAGGGCCGGUGUCCAGGCCGCUGCUGCCGCUCCCGCGCUCACGGGCAACAUGGCGUUCUUCACCCAGGACCUGGCUUAA